GCAACAGUGACGUCAGCGCGCCGCUGCGCCGGAGUGACGCGCGCCGAUUGGGUGAGAGCGGAGCUAAAGUGUACAUUCACACACAUAAACACAGAUUACAACAACGGCUGGAUAAAGAUACGUUUGCGCAUUUUCAUCUCGUACUGCAAAGAUUUCGGAUGUCACGAUGGCUGCAAAGUUCUCCAUUUCUGAGAGUGACUCAGAAGCCUCGGAGGAGGUAGAGGAGGCAGAAAGUGACCAAUCGCUGAGCAGGGAGGAACAGCUUGUUCCGUCAGGCCUCACCCUCUCUAUACCCGACAGAAAUUCAGGCAAUCGUAUCAGGCUCAGCUCUGAGUCCCUCGUCUCCACUGUAUCCAGAGAUGAAGACUUCCAGGCCAGAGGUGAAGAUGAGGUCGGAACGCCAACUGAGGGGCCUCCAUUUAGAGGACGGUCUAAGUCGGCUCCUCCUACUUUCUGGGCAGCCAGGAAAUACGGCCAGCAACUCCGAAGGAUGAGUGACGAGUUUGACAGCUUGCUGGAUAAAGGGCAGAUGAGGAAGGUGACAAGCGCUGGAUCGACCAAACAGAUGCACCAUUCAAAAAGCUGGUGGAGCGCCCUCUUCAGUUACCAGGAAUCAGAUAACGAGAGCAACUGUCACGAUAACCACACUCACCGCAAUGAGUAGGGUCAAAGGCGAUGGAAAAUGAAGUCAAGGGAU